UUGUGACUUCAGAACAGACAAGCGUCUCUGUGAACCAUGCCCGUCACACCUACAUUGGGCACAGGUGACCGGAAGUAUUUGAUUUUGUUGGCGGCGGGAUGAAAGGCUCAAAGACGUGCAACAACAUAGGCUACAUCAUUUUUCUAACUAGCUCUUUCUGCCUAGCUCUGACGAAAUGUAGUUUUUGUUUAUAGUGAUGUAGUUUUCAAAAGCCACUACUUUCAACUGUUUUAAUUUUUAAAGAACACAUCUUAACUGGAUGUACCAAUGCCAAACCCCAUGGACGACCGUCUACGCGUGGUGGCGGUGAUACACGCUUUGAAAGCAUCUGGAGUUCGCAUUAAAAACUGGAAGAACUUCUUGAAUGGGCCAUACACGAGCGACCCUGUCAGACAGGAGAACCAAUCUAAAUUUGCUUUUGGUCGGGACCUGAUAUUGCUGCCACAGUGUGAUUUAACUGAUAUGAGUGGGACAGUGCCAAAGUUCUUGGUGGAUGCCUGUGGAUUUUUAUCCCAGCAUCUUCAAACUGAAGGGCUGUUUCGAAAGACCGGGUCGUUUAGUCGGAUGCGAGCUCUUAGGACUGGCCUGGAGCAGGGAGAGCCAGUCUUUUCUCUGCCACAUUCAGCCACUCUGCAGCCCUGUGAUGUGGCAUCUCUUGUGAAGCAGUUCUUACGGGAGCUGCCCUCGCCCCUCAUCCCUAUGGAUCUACAGGUGCCACUGUGUCGUGCACAGGGCUUAGAAGAAGAGGGGGGCCAGGAGCAGAGGAAUGAUGGAGCUCUUCUUCUCACAGCCCUGUUCCCCCCCUCUCAUUCACGGGCCCUCCGAUACUUCUGCACCUUCCUGAGACAGACAGCUCAAAGAUGUAAAGAGAAUCGUAUGGAAGUGGGCAAUCUGGCUCUUGUGAUUGCACCUAAUCUGCUACAUUGUCCAGCUGGGGGCGCUAAACUGACCGCAGGUACAGAGAGACAACUGCAUAGACAUGCAGCAGUGAUCAAGACACUCAUAAUACAUGCUGAUCGCAUUGGUGUCGUCCCCCCUUCUAUUAUGGACAUGGCAACAGUAGCAGAGUCCUCCACACCCCCAGUUGACGGGGGAGGUUAGAAGGCAGGACUUAGUGUGCAUAGACGUUUAGGACAUCAAAGGAGGCGCAGUGUUGGAGAGAUAUUUGUGGAUGCUCUCAGUAAAUUGAAGACAGGCCGCACUCACACUGGCCUUUUACAUCCCCCAGACAGUCAGCAAAAUACAAAGACCGAUCGCCACACCACACCUGAAUCACCAGUCACAUCCAAACGAAAAUCGACCGAAGAUCCUGUCCCUGAUGUAGAGGGCUCUGCUAAAAAAAGACGCUCUAUCCAUGACCUUAGAGAAGACAACCAAUCCAUGAGCAAACAACACUCCAAUGAUUCCGAGUCGGCAGUCGGCCAAAGCCCUACCCGUAGUCACACCUCUGUCCUGAGUGGAGUGGAGGGCAGUAGGGAGCACAAGCUCUCUGUCACUCUCAGUGCCUCAGAGAAGAGGAGGAAUUACAAGAAAGAUCAUGAAACAUCAAACGAGCAUCCGGUGCAGGAGGACAAGGCUCAUCGAAGGACAUCCCUUAGAUUCUUCAACAUGACAAUCUGGAGCAGCCCUGACCCUUCCCCCACAUCCAUUGGGAAUGACAAAGAGAAUUGGAUGAUGGGCAGUAGAAUGGUCACUGAUGGAAUGACUGAAGCAUCCAGCUCUGAGGUUGGACCAUCCAGGAUUCCUGUCAUAAUGACUGAUGGCCCAGGACGAGUUCUAGUGGGGAAUGAAGUGGAGGAUGACCCUGAUCUGCUGAACUACAGCUUUGCUGAAAAUCCUGAUCACUUCCUGGAUCUCGCGACAUUGGACUCACCUACCAGGACACAAGCUUGGGAAUCAUGUGAAUACUCUGGUGUCAAGUUGGAAAAUGAGACAGUAGAGGAAACCGUUAGACAGUAUGAAACAAACCGUGUAUUGAGAGGUUCAGAGCAGGUUGGGAUAAAAGAGGACCCUGAAGACGUGGGUCUAAGUAAGAAGCAGUCAGAAGUGGAUAUAUCUGUUUGUGUCAGUCAGAAGCCCCGUCGCCCUCGUCGCUCCAUCAGUAUGCCGGAGGUGACAUUGGACCAACUGAGGAUUCAAGAUGAUAUUUACAAGAAGGAUAAAAUAGAUGGGAUGAUGGAGAAAGAAGAUGGAGUCUCUGAGGACACACUUCAACCGCUGGUGAAGAAAGAGAAGACGUCAGGACUGGGUUUUAAGAGGACGCACCAGCACAUGUCUGUGGCAGAGCGCAUCAGGCGUUUCAACGCUCUGGCAACGCUGCUCCGUACCCCCAGUGUUCCUCCAAGGCCCCCUGAACCUCAGCUCAACGAUGUCCUGCAUGAGAGUCAGCGGGAGGGGGGUCAGCGGAGCGUUGUACGUCUACGUCGGCAGGGAGCACGGCGGUUUGGGCGCUCCAUCAGUCAUGAUGGUGUUCCCGGACCUUGGCUAGGACAAGCUUCUAAAAAUCAUCAAGAGGUGCCAGUGGUUGUUCAAAGCCUCAGUGAGCCACUCCUAUGUCCAUCUCCAGAGCCAACUCUUAGUGUUUAUCAAUUUGCCCAAGAGGGACAGUUUGAAAUCCAACAUACUCCAGAUCCUCAACUACAACAGGAAAACCUCUUGCAGACCAUCCAGCAUUUGUGCACUCCUCCAUCACCAAAUCCAAAGCAGAACAAGGAAUCCUGCCAAGGGCAAUUUAAAGAAUCACAAUUGCAUCUCAAGGAAAGACAAUUGGAACCGGUGGAGGAACAACCUAAGGAGUCAGAUCUGCUGGAGAUGCACCUGAAUGUAUGCUGUCCAAAGGAGGAGCAAGGGCAAGACCUUACAGUUCCAAUGCAGUUGGAUAGACCGUCUCAGACAGACACGAUCUUAGAUGUUCCACCUCAGACCAUGGCCCCCCUACAGCAGGAGUCCAAAACAACAGCCGUCAAACUCUCCCUCCCUUUUCCUCCAGCCCCUCCUCUCUCUCAAACAGAAACAUGCACUCCCAUUCCCAGUACACCCUCUCCCACACCAAUAGACAGAACAUCACCAACUGACCUCUACACUGCACACUUGGCGGCUAACUGCUCCCCUUCCUCUGUCACGACUUUAGACUUUCUAGAGAUAGACACGGGGGUCAGUGAGAGUGAUGGGUGUUCUCUCCCUGUUGAACUCUCUCCAUCACCAGCCUUGCAGUUCAGGCUCCCAGCCACCAAGAGACGCUACAGAGACUCGCCCCGCUGGCCCAUCAAUGAGAUUAGCAUGGCCACAGGGGACCCUCUGCAGAUCUGAGAGGUACAGGACAGACUGAAUGGUACUCAGUAACUAGCGCAUUGAUCUUGAGUAUUAGGGUUUAAAAAUGGGAAAAUAUGAUCACUCGCACCAAGAAUGCCAUGUGUUUUUUUUAAAUGUAAUUGUCUGUUAUGCCAAGUUAGGUUAUCCUAGAAAAGUAGCAUUUUAAAGCGGCAGUCAGCAGUAGAAACAAUACAAAGUGGCCUCCCAGCCUCUGUUUUUGUAAAAAGCUGAGGGAUGGGGCUGGAGAAAUGUAACCACUCUCAAAUGUAUAGACAGAGCUAUGGAU